CGCAGAGCGGUGUGCAGAUGUGUCGCAGAUUUUGUAAAGUCACUGUUCUGAAACAUCCAGCUGGCGGAGGGGUCUGCAGGUUAACGGACCCGAAAAUAACGCUCCAUAGACGGGGAGGACACAGCCUAAACACCGCUAACAUCUCCCGGUUCUCUCGGUCUGUACACACCGGGAGGUUUUACUUUGACAGGUGAAAACGUAACACACAUGGAGCUGUCAGCUAUAGGGGAGCAGGUGUUUGCUGUGGAGUGCAUCCUGAAGAAAAGAGUUAAGAAGGGGAAUGUGGAGUAUCUGUUGAAGUGGAAAGGAUGGCCUCCAAAGUACAGCACAUGGGAACCAGAGGAACAUAUUCUGGAUCAGCACUUAGUGAAGGCCUACGAGGAGAAAGAGCAGAAGGAGAAACAAUUGGGACACAGGAGGAAAGGACCCAAAGCCAAAAGACUCUUUCUGCAGGAUACAGUAUACACCAUGGAUCUGCGCAGCGCUCACAAGCCUCCGGACGAUCCUCCUCUUCCUCCUCUUCCUCGUCUUCGUCUUUCUCUGACUCGCUCUCUGCUCCCUGAGGGAGAGGAGCGCUCGUUGGCUUCCUGCAGGAGGAGAGAGACACCAGAGCAGCAUCCAGGAAGCAAAACCUGGAGGUCAAAGUUCACGUGCCUUCACUCCGACCCUCGGAGUCCCACAGCCGAAGACUGGGAGGGCCGGGGGGAGGAAGAGGAGGAGGAUGUAAAGGAGGUGAUGGCAAAGGGCACUUUGGAUGGACAGGAGAGGGUGAACUGUUCCUCUCUAAGACCGGAGGAGGAAGAGGAGGAAGAGGAGAAGAUUCUGGAGGCUGCCUGGCGGCCGCUCGUGACUCCGGGAGAGGUGACGGUCACAGACGUCUCUCUGAAUUCCCUCACCGUCACCUUCAGAGAGUCCAGAGUCCCCCGAGGCUUCUUCAGAGAGAAAGAGCCGCUGAGGAUCUGAGGGUUUAAAGACGGUGGUUAAUGGCAGAGAUCGCAAAAGUACACACAUCCUUUACUCAAGUAGAAGUACAGAUACUCGUGUUUAAUAAUACUCUGGUGAAAGUAGAAGUAGGCUACUGACUAAACUUCUUUACUCGAGUCAAAGUAAAGAGGGAUUCGAAAUGUACUUCAGUAAAAAGUACCCAUAGC